AUGACCACCACACAACCACCUCAACAGCAGCAGCAGCAGCCUCCCCGUCUGUUUACCUGUGUGACUUGCGCCAGGAGAAAGGUGAAAUGCGACAAGACCGGGCCUCCAUGUUCAACCUGCAAGAAAGCCAGGCAAGAAUGCUACUACCAGGAACCACCCCCCAGGAAGCGCAAGCGAAAACCUGUCGAUGAGCUCCAGGAACGCGUGGAUAAGUACGAGAAGUUGCUCAAGCAGAAUGGCAUCUUGCCGCCUAGCGAUCUGGAGAACUCGCCUUCUGAGGCGUCACCUGGGACUGGCACUGCGACAGAUAAAUCUUCUGCUACUGUGAAACCGAAGAAGAGCACUGGAACUUUGCUCAAAGGCGCUGGCAAGACCAGGUAUAUCGACAGCAAUAUCUGGAGAACACUAGGCGAGGAUCUCCACCCUUCGUCCGACGAAGAAGACAACUAUGAACAGCAAGCGCCCGUCACCACGACUGUCGAGGCUGUCGAUCCGGUAUCUGCUGCUUUUCUGGGACAGUCGGCGCACUGCCCAAGCUUGCUGGACCUCCACCCGACUUACGAUAUCGCAAUGAAGCUCUGGAAGCAGUACCUCAAGAACAUCGAUCCGAUUGUCAAGAUCGUCCAUGUGCCUACCACUUUGGAGAUGUUGCAACGCUCUUCUGCGAAUCCGAGCACUAUGUCGAAAGUGAACGAAUGUUUACUGUUUUCAAUUUACCACUUUGCCAUCUCCGCCAGCUCAGAAAAGGAGUGUGUGGCGCUUUUUGGACCUCAAUGGCGAUAUAUGAAAAAGACGUACCAUGAUGCCACGCGACAGGCAUUAGUGGGAGUACACUUCUUGCGAACUACUGAGCUUGCGGUUUUACAAGCGUACAUGUUGCUACUUUUGUCGAUGCGCAACGACUACGACCCGCACACAUUCUGGAUAUUGACGGGAAUUGCAGUGCGAAUCGCACAGCGGAUGGGCCUACAUCGAGACGGCGAAGAACUAGGCCUCAACCCGUUCGACGUCCAGAUGCGUAGAAGGGUCUUCUGGCAACUUCUACCUUUGGACGGUCUCUCUGGACAACUUUCAGGCACCGGUAUAGCCAUCGCAGCAGACUCAUGGGACACCAAGCAGCCUCUCAACCUCGAGGAUGAAGAUAUCUGGCCCGGCAUGGAGACACCUCCCGUGGAGAGAAAAGGCGCAACUAGCAUGAUCUUCAUUCUUGCUCGUACUGAAAUCGGCAGGUUCCAUCAGAAGAUUCGACCAGCACUAGGCCCUAACAACGGCAACUGGGGAGUCGUGUGGGAUGCAAGGGACAUACCCGAAAUUCAGGAGGCAUUACGAGACUUGGAGAACAUGUUGGAAGAAAAGUAUGUCCGCUACUGCGACAUCUCCAUUCCAAUCCAGGUCCUUUGCAUCGCUAUGGCUAGAGGCGCCAUCAAUUCUGCACGUUUGAGAAUCCGUCGUCCUCGUGGCAAAACCUCAGAAGGCAUCAGCAUCGAGGAGAGGAAAGAGCUGUAUGCCAUGGCUGAGAAAGUACUUGGUCACGACCUAGCCGUGCAACAAAACGCUUCGUUGGACCGCUUCAACUGGCACAUGAGACAAUUCUUCCAAUGGGAUCCAUUAAUCACCAUGUUGCAAGAGGCGCGACAGCUUGAUUGUGUAAUAGAGCCAGAAGCGUUGUGGUCGAAAGUCGAGCUCGUUUACAGCGUACAUCCUGAGCUCUUUGUGCAAAAGCGCUCGAUCGACAUCGCACUCAACCGGUUGACGAUCAAGUCAUGGGAUGCAAUGCAGGCCAACAACUUGUACCCGACUCCGGAGCCUGCCUUCGUCACGAGUCUCAGAGAAGCCAUCACUCGACGAGAAGCUUCGAGACAGAAUACGGAAACUCCAAAGCAAUCCGUCAAUGUGUUCGACCCUUCCUUGGACGCAUCCUCCGACAUGCCUGCGGCCAACUACAUUAACUACAACCCUGUACUUGGCUACAACAAUAUGAACUUGGGGCCAAUGGAAAACAUGAAUGCGGACAUUGACUGGCUGUUUUGGGACCAGAUGCUCAUGCAGAACCCAGAACCACUACCUAUGCCUUGA